GCCCGGGCACAGCGCAGCACAGCCCGCCCCGGGCCCCCCGCCCCGCCAGCAUGGCCGGGGCUAUCAUCGAGAACAUGAGCACCCGCAAGCUCUGCAUCGUCGGGGGCAUCCUGCUCGUGUUCCAAGUCAUCGCCUUCCUGGUGGGAGGGCUCAUCGCUCCCAGCCCCACUACAGCUGUUCCUUACAUGUCAGUGAAGUGCAUUGACGUAAGGAAGAACCACCACAAAACCAAGUGGCUGAUGCCCUGGGGACCCAACCACUGCAAGAAGCUGAAGGACUUUGAUGAGGCGGUGAGUCGGCAGAUCGAGGCCAACGACAUCGUGUUUGCUGUGCAUGUCCCGCUGCCCACCAAGGAGAUGAGCCCAUGGUUCCAGUUCAUGCUCUUCAUCAUGCAGCUGGACAUCGCCUUCAAGAUGGACAAUGACCUGAAGGAGAACGCAGAGAUCACGCUCGAUGUGUCGCUGGCCUAUCGUGAUGACACGUUCAGUGACUGGGAAGAAAUAGCUCAUGCCAUAGAGAACAGGAAGCUGAAGUGCACCUUUGGCUCACCAAAAACUCUGGAGUCCGAGGGCCGGCACUACGACUGCGACUUCCUGCCCUUCAUGGAGAUCGGCAGCGUGGCACACAAGUACUACCUCAUCAACAUCCGCCUGCCUGUCAACGAGAGAAAGGGCAUCAACGUGGGCAUCGGCGAGAUCAAGGACAUCCGCCUCGUGGGCAUCCAUCAAAACGGAGGCUUCACCAAGGUGUGGUUUGCCAUGAAGACCUUCCUGACCCCCAGCAUUCUGAUUAUCAUGGUGUGGUACUGGAGGCGGAUCACGCUGAUGACACGUGCUCCUGUCCUGCUGGAGAAGGUCAUCUUUGCUCUGGGAAUUUCCAUGACGUUCAUUAACAUCCCUGUAGAGUGGUUUUCCAUCGGUUUUGACUGGACUUGGAUGCUGCUCUUCGGAGACAUUCGGCAAGGAAUUUUCUAUGCCAUGCUGCUCUCGUUUUGGAUCAUCUUCUGUGGGGAGCACAUGAUGGACCAGAGCGAGCGGAAUCGGCUCUCGGGAUACUGGAAGCAAGUUGGACCCAUAGCUGUGGGCUCCUUCUGCCUCUUCAUCUUUGACAUGUGCGAGAGGGGGGUGCAACUCAAGAAUCCCUUCUACAGCAUCUGGACCACCGAGGUGGGCACGGAGCUGGCUAUGGCCUUUAUUAUAGUUGCAGGGAUCUGCCUGUGCCUCUAUUUUCUCUUCCUGUGUUUCAUGGUCUUCCAAGUGUUCAGAAACAUCAGUGGGAAGCAGUCAAGCCUCCCUGCCAUGAGCAAGGCUCGGCGCCUUCACUAUGAGGGGCUGAUUUUUAGGUUCAAGUUUCUGAUGCUCAUCACCCUGGCCUGUGCAGCCAUGACUGUCAUCUUCUUCAUUGUGAGCCAGGUGACAGAAGGCCACUGGAAGUGGGGGGACAUAACAAUACAGGUGAACAGCGCCUUCUUCACGGGCAUCUACGGGAUGUGGAACCUCUACGUGUUUGCCCUCAUGUUCCUGUACGCGCCGUCCCACAAGAACUACGGCGAGGACCAGUCCAAUGGUGACCUGGGGGUGAACAGCGGGGAGGAGCUCCAGCUCACCACCACCAUCACCCACGUGGACGGGCCCACGGAGGUUUACAAGCUGGCUCGGAAGGAGGCUCAGGAGUGACACAGAGGUGCCUCAGUGGGGCCCUGGCCUGGGGUGGGAGCAGAGGACACACAAGUCCCUCUGGCAGGAGACCUCUGCGGCCAAAUUCGCUCCUUGAGCGCCCCGUCCCUGGUGUGUUCUCAGAGCAGUGACACCGAGCAGAACAUUUGUAACUCUUUACUAUGGUGUAGUUAUUCCUGGGGGGAGGGAUGUGUAUAUUGUGUUCCACUCGGGCACGUAAAACCCUGCUGGAAAGGCAUUAGGGUUGCAAAGUCGUGCGUUUGGACGUCGGGACGGGGCAGAGCUGCCGUGGGGCUGGUUUUAUUUGGCCGUGUGUGCUGGUGCAUAAAAAGGUGCUGCAGGGAGCUCAGCUGGCAGCACAUACUCAGUAGUCCAAGUUUUCUCCUGUGUGCAACUUAUACAAGGUGCUGGUGGGGAGAGGGACUAAAUCCUCGUUGUAAAAACAUUUAAUUCCACCAUUUGUAACUGUAUCAACCCAAGUUUGAGUCUUUAGUGCAGCCCUGCAGCCACCCUCUGUCCUUGAAUGAAGCACAGCUGGGAGAGGAGUAGGCUGUUAUAAGGUUUUUGUAGGAGCAGCAACGUGCAUUCUCAGUAGGGUUUACAGCUGUUUGUUGAAUACAGGGAAUGUCCAGCCUUGAUGCUGAGUUGAGUUGCAGGAGAACAGAGCACUCCUGACACAGUUUCCAGGGGUGCUGAUCCCACAGCCACCUCCUGGGCUUUUGUAGCUUCCUCCAUCUUUCCCUUUUGUUGUGGGACAUCCCUGUGAGCUGGGCAGUCCUGCUCCUCCAUGCACUGCUGGGCUGGAGCACACUUGGCAGAGCUGGAUUCCUCCAGGGAUUAUCAGACUUGAAAGAAUCAGCUGGUCACGCACUAAUGUGGAUCUUCAAUAUUCGCUUUUCCAGAGCAAACACAGGCACUGAGCUUGCUCAGCCCCACGCUGGGAGGCUGCUGGCACUGCAAGGGAAGUGGGAACUGAUCGAGGUGGAGGCUUGAAUUGGACUGUGCUGGGACCAGUUAAGAGCAGUGAAUGGUGGAGGGGAAGAACUGUGGCCAGAAGGGUCUGUGCUGCUCAGGACACACCUCCCAGGGCCUGGAGCAUCCAGAGAGCCUCAUGAGCUGGCAAUAGUAAAUGUAGUAGUAGUAAAUAAGCAGUGUUAACUGCUAGUAACAUGUAAUCCACCUUCCCAGUUUUGUCCCUAGAUCAGGGUCUGCUGCUGCUGUAUGUGGCUGAAGGGUCAGAGAUGAGGAAGAGAAGCUCCCAAAGCUGCUGCCAGGCUGUCAGCCCAGGUACCAUCAUGAUUCCCACCCAAAAUUUAUUCCUAUCCGUUUAUUAAAGCUCAACACUUGGUAAAAAGAGAGGGUGAAUCAAAAGAUCAUCUUGCAUCCUUUAGGUUGCCGGGCACCCCCAGCUGUACCUCUGGUUACAAUGUGACACACUGAGCAGACCCCCUUUGCCAAAGGGCUGCUUCCUUUGUAUUGAUUGGAGCUAUUACAGGCUUUUCUUAAAAGGAAGUAAUUCUGUUUGUUGUGUUCACCCUCUCCGAGAUACUGAGCUCCCCGGCCCCUGGAGCACCCCAGCAGGGUCACAGCUGAGUAGGUGUUCCUGCUUGGAGUAUUUAUUCCAUUGCAAAGUGAAUUAAAUCAAUGCACAUCAACGUAACUCCAGCACGUUCCCGGCUGAGCGCUCGACUUUGCAACUUUAACAUCCCUUUUCCCUUGGGUCCUUACGUGAUAUUUAUGUUGUUUCCAUAGGUGUGUCCGUGGUUUCUUUUCCAGCUUAGUCUCUAGGAUUCUGUUUUGUAAAGGCUCUUCAUGAACUGGGACCCACAGCUUUCAAACCAAAUUCUGUGUCCAAUACUAACAGUUUGUUUACGGGGCGUGUGGACGUGUGUGUGUGCGUGUGUGGGUUUUUUAUUUUUCAUCCCUAAGCCCUACUCAUACGUCUUGGAAAUAGUCCGUGGGUCUUAUUAAAAUAUAUCCUUUUUUUGUUUAGGUUGAGUUCAGUUUUUACAGAAUGCUUUAAGCAACCUGGAAAACCUGUAGUUUUGUUAAUUUAAAUAAAAUAUACAAUAUUGUGGA